AGCCAUCCAGAACCCUGGGCCAUGAAGGACUACUCAGAUGUAAUCCUCUGCACAGAGGUGACAGAACUGAGCAAGACUGAAUUCUACAAUCCUGCUUUUGAGCCUGAAGCAGGACCACCUUGUCCUCCUGCAGCCUCACAGCAAGAUGCCAAUUAUAGCAUCGGAGCUGCCUGGCACGGCCGGAAUGCCCGAGGGAUGCAGCCCGACUACCACUUCUCUUGGCUCUGCGUCUUCCUGCUCAUCCUCCUGCUGAUCCUGCUGCUUGGGUUUCUGGUGGCCAUCGUCCUGGUCCAGUUGCAGGCUGCACCCCCAUCCGGGGCCACUGAGAGCCCACAGUCCACCACUGGCACCACCCCUACCAGCACCACCACCACAUCCCCAGUAACUACACAGCAGCAGCAGGCAGGCGUGAGCCCCCCACACCAGGCCUCCUGUGGGGGCCUCCUUCCUGGCCCAAAAGGCUUCUUCAGCAGCCCCAACUACCCAGACCCUUACCCACCCAACACGCACUGUGUGUGGCAUAUCCAGGUGGCCACAGACCACACAAUACAGCUCAGGAUUGAAGCUCUCAGCAUGGAAAGUGUGGCCUCUUGUCUUUUUGAUCGCUUGGAAAUCUCCCCACAGCCUGACGGCCCCCUUCUCAGGGUCUGUGGGAGGGUACCUCCACCCACACUCAACACUAAUGCCAGCCACCUCCGGGUGGCCUUUGUCUCUGAUGGCAGUGUAGAAGCAUCUGGUUUCCAAGCCUGGUACCAGGCUGUAGCCCCUGGGCAUGGGACCUGUGCCCAGGAUGAGUUCCCCUGUGACCAGCUCAUCUGUCUGCUACCUGAAUCACUGUGUGAUGGUUUUGCCAACUGUGUGGAUGGCAGUGAUGAAGCCAACUGCAGUGCCAAGCUCUCUGGGUGUGGGGGGAACCUGACUGGUCUCCAGGGCACCUUUUCUACUCCUAACCACCUGCAGCAGUACCCUCAGCAACAGCUUUGCACCUGGCGUAUCUCAGUACCAGCGGGACAUGGCAUAGAACUACAGUUCCUCAACUUCAGCCUGGACACCCAGGAUGGGUGCAAGUUUGACUACAUAGAGGUGUAUGAGGCCAGCAGCUCAGGUGCCCUCAGCCUCCUGGGCAGGUUCUGUGGAGCAGAGCCACCCUCCCACCUCGUCUCCUCACACCAGGAACUGGCUGUGCUCUUCAGGACAGACCAUGGCUUCAGCAGUGGGGGCUUCUCAGCCAGCUACCGGGCUUUGAAUGCCACAGAGAACCCCUGUGGGCCCAGAGAGUUCUUCUGCCAGGAUGGAGGGUGUAGGGAUCUGCAGUGGAUGUGUGACUUGUGGAGAGACUGUGCAGAUGGUGGCAAAGACAACUGCAGCAGCCCCUUGUUUCCACCCCCAGCACUGGUCUGUGAACCAAUCCAGGUAGAGAUGUGUACAGGUCUGAGCUACAACACCACAGCCUUCCCGAACAUCUGGGUGGGCGUGGCCACCCAGGAGGAAGUGAUCGAUAUCCUCAGAGGCUACAAGAGCCUGACAAGUCUUCCCUGCUACCAGAAUUUCCGGAAGCUCCUCUGUGGGUUGCUUGUGCCCCACUGCACCCCACUAGGCAGCAUCCUUCCCCCUUGCAGGUCUGUCUGCCAGGAGGCAGAGCGCCAGUGUCAGUCUGGCCUGGCCCUACUGGGCACCCCUUGGCCCUUCAACUGCAACAGACUGCCUGAGGCCGCUGGCCUGGAGGCAUGUGCCCAGCCCUGACCCCAAGCCAGCCCUGUCCUCUGCCUGCCCAGCCUCCUUUGCCUGGGUGGGUGGGCAGGACCUUUGCUGGGGACUCUGCACAUCCCAGGGAGGAGGAU